AUGUGUUUGCACCUCAACGUGCGACCGGUGGUGACGCCUGUCUGUCCCCCCGAGACUACCUGUCCAUUGGAUUUUGACGCAAAACUUAUCGUCAACUCUCGACUCCACGCAAAAAGUUUAGGCGUUUUCCAAGUGCACCACAAACACCAAGCCAUGGAUAAGCAACUGGUGGGGGAACGGGAGACCCUGAGCAAUAUCAUCGCCCAGUGGAAUGCCAACCGAUUGGAUCUGUUUGAGAUCAGCCAACCAAAUGAGUCACUGGAAUUUCAUGGGGUGAUGAGGUUCUACUUCCAAGACGCCGGUGCAAAGGUGGCCACCAAAUGCAUACGCGUGGCGUCGACGGCCACCACUCAAGACGUGAUCAAUAUAUUGAUCGAGAAAUUCCGUCCCGACAUCCGUAUGCUAUCAGUGCCUGAAUACGCCUUAUACGAGAUCCACGAAAACGGUGAAGAGCGAAAGCUAUCGGAAGAAGAGAUGCCACUAUUGGUUCAACUCAAUUGGCAUAGGGAUGACCGCGAGGGUCGGUUCCUCUUAAGGAGGAUGAAUGAGAAGACAUAUUUACCGGGCUUCGAGUCGACGACCGACGAGAAUAAGUUUAAGCGAAAACUGUCGAAACGCGAGAAAAAAGAGCAGAAGAAGCGCGAAAAGCAGCUAAAACUGAAGGCAUCCGAAGGCAAAGGCGAUGCGAAGGACUCGUUAGCCGAGAAGCUGUACACAGAGUUACCCGAAACGAGUUUCACGCGCAGUAUAUCCAAUCCCGAGGCCGUUAUGCGACGGCGCCGGCAGCAGAAGUUGGAGAAGAAGUUACAGCAAUUCAGUCAAGAAGGAGGUGUCGAAGCGGGCGGAACUCUGCGAAUAUUUGGUGAAUCCAUUAACCAAGACGUGCCAUACAAGACAAUACUACUGUCAGAUCGCGACACCGCCGCCCACGCCGUCAAAGAGAUACUCGAGAAGUACGGCAAAGACAAAGAGGAUCCGGUGGUCUACUGUCUCGUGCAGCUAAUAGUGCCCGUCGCUAACGGUGACAUCAACUCUAUCAGUGAUUUACACAAUUCGGCCGGAAUUCGAGAGUAUAUAUUAGACGACGACGACUGUCCCCUCGCCAUAGAGAAGGCGCACAAUAAGUCCAGAGGUGUCCUGACUUUUCAUAUAAGGCGCCGCCCCUCUGACUACCAGCCCCGCAAAAAGAAGAAGAAACCCAAACAAAUCAAAGGGGAAAUGGAUGCCGGGUAUACCAAAUACGACGAGGCGCUGGAACGGNAGAAGGCGCACAAUAAGUCCAGAGGUGUCCUGACUUUUCAUAUAAGGCGCCGCCCCUCUGACUACCAGCCCCGCAAAAAGAAGAAGAAACCCAAACAAAUCAAAGGGGAAAUGGAUGCCGGGUAUACUAAAUACGACGAGGCGCUGGAACGGCUGCCAUACCUGAGCGAAACGAAUCCCGACGGCAGCGAAAUUACGAGAGGAAUGCCUAAAAAGCAUUACCUGUACGUGAAUAUGACGGAAGUGGGUAGCGAGAGAUCCGGCGCUACGAAUCAUAGCCAAUCCCUGCAGCUGUACGGCCCCAACGUCCAGGCGCGCCAUUGUGUGAUCGCACACACCGAGGGUAUCGUUACGGUUACCCCCAGUAGUCGAGACGCCGAGACUUACGUGAAUGGGGUUCGCAUUUACGAGACGACUAUCUUAAGGCACGGUAUGCUCGUGAGGUUCGGCAAAAUACAUACGUUUAAGUUCAUUGACCCGCUGGACGACCAGUGCCGGCAACUGUCGCCUACAUCCCUGACCAGGGGUUCAGUGCACGGAAGCCUUAGGAAGAUGGCCGACGAUAUACGGUUAGCACCGCCUCAGUCGAGGGGUAGUUACGAGACUACUUUCGAUGCUGACGGCAAUGUGGAGACCACUUCCAUGACCUCCAGAGAUGAGAGACUGUCGAAGAAGUCGGACGAGACUAAUGGCUCGAAUCCGAGACAAAUGUCAGGGAAUGGACCGUUAAUUAGAGAUAAUAAUCAGCAACACAUUCAUAGCAAUAACGGUAUGAAUGCUAUGCGAAAGGGCUCGGAUCCCAUUCUUCCGGCUAUACUGGAGCUGUGGGAGGAACGGGAGGACGCAUUCCUAAAUCAAAUUAUCAAUCUUAUCGAUCCAAACGCUACACAAUUCAAACUGGCCGUCACUUAUACAAUCUAUAUGGGAUUCCGAUUCAGAGCGUCGACACACUUCAAGCCGGAGAUCACACCUAACGAAAGGGCGCAUCGAUUGACAGAGUUCUCGAACAAAGUGGCGAAUCUGAUCCAUCAGGUGAUCGAAGACCACUACCGCGAGCCC